GGAAUGAGUUCUUGUGUAUAAAUUUGUGAAGGCAAAGUUGAAAACAUGGAUAUUGACUUACCGUAUAUGGUGGAAUAUGCGAAAAGUGGACGCGCUUCUUGUAAAGGCUGUAAAAACAACAUUCCUAAAGAAUCGUUGCGGCUUGCAGCUUUAGUACAAUCGGCAUUUCAUGAUGGAAAAGUGCCACAGUGGUAUCAUAAGGAUUGCUUCUUUAAAAAGCAACGACCUGAAACUGUUGGUGAUAUUACAAACUAUGAAAACAUACGAUUUGAAGAUCAACAGGGAUUAAAAGAGUUAAUUGAAAAACGAGAGAACGUUUCCGUGGACUCAUCAAAGCGUAGAAAAGGUGAUACUGGGGCCCAUAAAGAUUUUGGAAUUGAAUACGCCAAGUCCGGGCGCGCUGCAUGUAGAGGUUGUGAACAAACAAUAUCUAAAAACGAAGUUCGCGUUAGAAAAACUGUCUAUGAUACUGAAGUUGGUAUGAAAUAUGGCGGUCAGGCACUAUGGCACCACUUGGAUUGCUUUGCGCAAAUGCGGUCGGAACUUGGCUGGUUUGAUACUGGUGAAAACCUUCCAGGCUAUGAAAGCUUAAAAGCGGAAGAUAAAUCUGCUAUUAAAAAAGUUAUUCCUGUUAUCAAGACGGAAAAUGCUUCAUACGCAAAAAAACCAAAACUAGAAGAUACUAAUACACCGAAUUCAAAAGAAGAAACUAAAAAGUUUAAAAAACAGAAUGAAUAUUUAUUCAAAAUUCGGGAUGAGCUUAAAAAUUGCAUGUCGAAGCCCGAUAUAUUGAAAUUAUUGGAGUCUAAUGGACAGCAACCUAUAGUUGGCGAUUCUGAGCGACUUUUAGAUCAAAUAGCUGAUCUGUUGGCUUUUGGUGCUAUUGAUCCGUGCCCUGUAUGUAAAAGCACUCAAUUUAUUUUUCAAAAGUCAGGAUACGUAUGCAGUGGAAACCUAUCAGAGUGGACAAAAUGCUCGAACUUAAUAGCAGAACCGAAGCGGACUGCUUGCAAAAUUCCAAGCUCUCUGAAGGUUACUUAUCCAUUUUUGGGCUUCGUUAAAAAAAGAACAGAAACAAGGAUUAUCCACUUUAUUCCCCCAAGUUGUACAACUAUUGCCAAAUCUGUGGCUCUUAAAAAAAAUCCGGAUGAAAUUGAUGGUCCAAAAGUUAAGCGCGAAAAGCCCCCAUUAUAUAACCUAAAAUUUUCAUAUAUUGGCAUGAAAAAUCGAGAGGUAGAAUUAAAAAAUCGAAUUGGAAAACUAGGCGGUAAAUGUGAUACUAAAAUAGUUGAUAACACAGUUGCCGUUAUUUCUACUAAAGCCGAAGUUGAAAAAUGUAACCAGCGUAUGGAAAAAGCUAAAGAACUUGGAAUUCAUGUUGUACCAAUUGAAUAUCUAGACGCAGUGGAAUCGGAUGGAACUGGCGCAAUAAAUUACAUUAAUAGUAUGACGCUUUGCGAUUGGGGAACUGAUCCUUCCUGUCGCAUUCUUCAAGAAGAAACUAAAUCAUCGAAAUUCAAAAGCAUUUAUACAAAAUCCAUACCGAAGUCAGUGACUCUAAAGGUAAAAGAUGGAUUGGCCGUUGAUCCCGACAGUGGUUUAGACGAAAUCGCACACGUUUUUGUUCGAGGAAAGGAUAAAUUUAAUGUUGUGCUGGGAUUAACAGAUAUACAACGAAACAAAAACUCUUUUUAUAAGAUACAACUUUUGGAAGCCGACAAGAAAAAUAGGUACUGGGUUUUUCGGUCCUGGGGUCGUAUUGGCACAACAAUUGGAGGGUCCAAGGUUGAAGAAUAUGCCACUUUCGAUGAUGCAUUUAAUGUCUUCCGAGAAGUCUAUGCUGAUAAAACUGGAAACUCAUUUGCUGAUCGUGCCAAUUUCAUCAAAGUACCUGGUCGAAUGUACCCGAUCGAUAUUGAAUAUGAAGGCGAUGUUCCGGUUAACAAUGAUGUUGAAACUCAAGUCCUAUCCAAACUAGAACCGCCAGUGCAGAGUCUAAUUAAGCUUAUGUUUGAUAUAGACAAUAUGAAACGCACAAUGAAGGAAUUUCAAAUUGAUAUGGAAAAAAUGCCAUUGGGAAAACUCAGCUUGAAACAAAUUCAAAAUGCCUACACAGUCCUUACUGAAAUUUAUCAACUUAUUCAGUCAUGUGGCAAUGGUGCUCUAUUUAUUGAUGCUACAAAUCGAUUUUUUACAUUAAUACCUCACAACUUUGGAGUGAGUGUUCCACCAGUGCUUGACACAGUUGAGCAAGUGGAAAACCUACGAAAAAUGUUAGAUUCGUUAGCAGAGAUCGAAUGCGCCUAUAGUCUUAUUAAGAGUGAAGAUAAAAAUGAAGAUCUUAACCCACUUGAUAAACACUACGACCAACUUAAAACCCAAUUGAAACCACUUGAUAAGGACACUGAAGAGUUUAAAAUGCUUAAAAUGUAUGUAAGCAACACACAUGCUGCAACCCAUAGCUCGUAUGAUUUGGAGAUAAUCGAUAUAUUUAAAGUUGUUCGCCAGGGAGAGUCUCGACGUUAUAAACCGUUUAAGAAGCUACACAAUCGUAAACUAUUGUGGCAUGGCUCUCGGCUUACGAAUUUUGUAGGUAUUUUAUCACAUGGCUUGAAAGUUGCACCUCCCGAAGCUCCCGUAACUGGAUAUAUGUUUGGUAAGGGUAUUUAUUUUGCUGAUAUGGUUUCAAAGUCAGCGAACUAUUGCUGCACCAGUCAACAGAACUCAACAGGCUUAUUGUUAUUAUCUGAAGUAGCUCUAGGUGAUAUGAUGGAAUGCACAGCUGCAAAAUAUGUAACUAAAUUGCCAAAGGGUAAGCAUAGCUGCUUUGGCCGGGGUCGCACUAUGCCCGAUCCCACAGAGGCACACAUUCGUAGUGACGGUGUUGAAAUACCAUUGGGAAAAGCUGUCACGGAUAACACUUUAAAAUCAUCACUACUGUACAAUGAAUACAUUGUAUAUGAUGUUGCUCAGGUCAAUGUUCAAUAUUUGUUUCGCAUGGAAUUUAAAUACAAGUAUUAAUAAGGAUGUGUUUUCAAAAUUGAGUUGUAAGUUUGCAAAAUUGAAAUGUUUUUAUAUUCCUUAAUUUAUGUAUUAGGUAUAAUUUCAAAAGAACAUAAAUUGAUUAAUUUGUAAUUAAAACACUUUAUAAAAUGUUAUUAGAUAUUAAACUGAAAAAGUAUAUCCUUUUUUUAAAUCAUAAUAAAAAAAUUAAUAAAGAA